AGGGAAGGCGGCGCGCGGCCGCCGCCAUCAUGCGGGCGCCGCCGGGGCUGUCGCUGCUGCUGCUGGCGGCGCGGGGGUGGGGGCGCCUGGGCGCCAUGUCCCGCUACAGCACGGAACAGCGGGGCCGGCCCAACUCGCCCGACUACCGCCUCUACUUUAAGAAUGCAGAUGGUAAAUAUAUUUCCCCAUUCCAUGACAUUCCCUUGUUUGCUGGACCUAAAGAGGAUAAAGAAAUUCCUGCAAAGAGGUCAAAGACUACUGGAUCUGAGGUCCUGUUUAAUAUGGUUGUAGAAAUGCCUCGUUGGACCAACGCAAAAAUGGAGAUUGCCACAGAGGAGCCAUUGAAUCCCAUUAAACAUGAUACAAAGAAAGGCAAGCUUCGAUAUGUGGCAAAUAUCUUUCCUCACAAGGGUUAUAUAUGGAAUUAUGGUGCCCUCCCACAGACCUGGGAAGAUCCAAACCAUACGGAUAACCUUACAGGAUGUUGUGGGGAUAAUGAUCCUAUUGAUGUUUGUGAAAUAGGUUCAAAGGUUCGUUCUUUUGGUGAGAUUGUUCAGGUGAAGGUCUUGGGUGUUUUAGGUCUUAUUGAUGAAGGAGAGACAGAUUGGAAGAUAAUUGCCAUCAGUGCAGAUGACCCAGAAGCUCAGAAAAUCCAUGAUAUCGAUGAUGUCAAGAAGCACAAACCGGGUUAUCUUGAGGCUACAAUUGACUGGUUCCAAUUAUAUAAAGUCCCUGAUGGUAAACCAGAAAAUCACUUUGCUUUUAAUGGAGAAUUUAAAAACAAGGAUUUUGCUGUUGAAGUUGUUAAAUCUACCCAUGAACACUGGAAAGCUUUGCUUCAUAAAAAAGUUGAUGGAGGUGCUAUAAAGUGCACAAAUAUUCUGGUGAGUGGCAGCCCAUUUUGUUGCAGUGAGGAGGAUGCCCGAUCGAUUGUGCAGUCAGCACCAGCAUUUAUGAAUGGAGAUCCUGUUUCACCAGAAGUUGAUUCCUGGUACUUUUUCCCCAAGUGAUCAUCAAGGUCUUCUGAACGUGCAUCAUCAAAUCUUAAAAAUCAUCCCUUUGUUUGAAGAUGGACAAAAGCACUGAUUGUUGGAUUCCUGCUGAAACAACUUUUCAACUUGUGUAAACCUUCUCUAAUGUAAAUAAACUCUGCCAUUAUUAAAUGAAUGUUUCCUUUCUAUGUCUGUGUAGGGUGGAGCAGAGGGAAGAGGAGGGGCUUGCUUGCUUGUUUGUUUCUGAAUCUCAGAACUGAAGAGCUGCUCUUAUCCACACAUGAGGUGUGCCAAAUGAGAUGAGAGAUAAGUUGUCUUCAACCCCGUUCUCCAGAUUUUGGAAUAAUUGAACCAUUGGGUGUUAAUUUCUGUCUCAGGGCUUUUCUGGCCACCCUGACUAUAAUCCGUUUGAAGUUGACAGUAAUCUUUAUGUAAGAGGCUUAGGAGUUUACCAUGUUCUUUGAUAGGUGACUGUUUCCUGAGUUGCAUUUACUUUUGUGCCCAGUUGUCUCUGCAGGCUUCAUAGAGUUAGGAACAGAGCAUGCUUGCUUUAAAAAAAAUACAACAUUCCUCCAAAGAUUAAUUCGACUAGGAAGGACUAAUGCCAUAACAAUUGAAGUAAGGAUGCACGUGUGCUCUCUGUUCUACAUCCUGUUUUGAUAACUUGUGUGUUUCAUCACACAGGAAGGAUUUUCCUUAUGGAAAGCUUCCAUUUUUAGAACUGUGUAUACUUGUGAUAAUUAUUUGUUCAAUGAGAUGAGAUUAAUAAAAUAUACAGAACUGA